AUGAUGUCCUUUUGCCACAAUAUAAUUAAUAUCUCCUGUGUGAAAAGCAGCUGGUCGAAUGGCGUCCGUGCUUCCCUGUACAGUUUAAUGGUGCUCAUAAUUCUGACCACAGUGGUUGGCAAUCUAAUAGUUAUUAUUUCUAUAUCACACUUCAAGCAACUUCAUACCCCAACUAAUUGGCUCAUUCAUUCCAUGGCCACUGUGGACUUUCUGCUGGGGUGCCUGGUCAUGCCUUAUAGUAUGGUGAGAUCCGUUGAGCACUGCUGGUAUUUUGGAGACGUCUUCUGUAAAAUUCACACCAGCACUGAUAUUAUGCUGAGCUCAGCAUCAAUUUUUCACUUGUCCUUCAUUUCCAUUGACCGCUACUAUGCUGUGUGUGACCCACUGAGAUACAAAACUAAGAUCAACGUCUUGGUUAUUUUCGUGAUGAUCUUCAUUAGUUGGAGUAUUCCUGCUCUUUUUGCAUUUGGAAUGAUCUUUCUGGAGCUAAACUUCAAAGGAGCCGAAGAGAUGUAUUACAAACACAUUCACUGCAUAGGGAGUUGCUCUGUCUUCUUCAGCAAAACAUCUGGGGUUCUGGCCUUUAUGACUUCUUUCUAUAUACCUGGCUCUAUUAUGAUAUGCAUCUAUUGUAGAAUAUAUUUCAUAGCGAAAGGGCAGGCAAGAUCAAUUAAUGAUGCAAGUCAGAAGUUUCGAAUUGGGUUGGAAGAGAAAGAUGGAAUUUCACGAAGCAAAGAAAGGAAAGCUACGAAGACUUUAGGGAUUGUGAUGGGAGUUUUCUUAACAUGCUGGUGUCCUUUCUUUGUCUGCAUAGUCAUGGAUCCUUUCCUGGACUAUACUAUUCCACCCAUGCUGAACGAUGCAUUGAUUUGGUUUGGCUACUUGAAUUCCACUUUAAAUCCAAUGGUUUAUGCAUUUUUCUAUCCCUGGUUCAGAAGAGCACUGAAGAUGAUUCUAUUUGGUAAAAUUUUCCGAAAAGAUUCAUCUAGAUGUAAAUUAUUUUUAGAAUCAAAUCCAUAG